AAGCUCCCUGGAGAUGCGAUGCCUAAUAACGAUCAUGACUCGGUGAUCCCGGCCCAGCUCGCCUAUCUUGCCAUCUACAACCCGAACCUCGGACCAACCGACGAGACGAUAGCGGAUCAGAUCGUGUUCUACACCUCAAAGUCAAGCCAUGCACGACGGCUCGAUAACUCUACAACAGAGGAGGAAGAUAAUAAAGUCUUUGAGGAUGAACAGAAUGAGAGAUUGCGCCAGAUAGGUCUGGCGCAGGGCAUGGUGAACUUUGCUAGCAACUUCUCGGAUGGAAAGGCACUGGAGUAUAUUGAGACAGACAAAUCCCGUGUCGUUCUGCUAGAGCUGGAGAAGGGCUGGUGGAUUGUUGCCUCUAUCGAUUUUACUCGACUUCCUGCUAAUUCGGCUCGCAAAUCUUCGGGGACAUCAGAUCCCCCAGCUUUCCAAUAUUCAUCACGAGAAAUGGGGUCACCCCAUCUACUUAUCCAGCAAUUACGCCGUGCACAUUCGAUAUUCCUUCUUCACCAUGACUUCAUGUUGGACGAUCUAUACAAACAAGCUGGUAGAGCUUCAUUCUGUCUCUUCCUUGAACGGUUUUGGGACAAGUUUGCAUGGAACUGGGAGCUUUUGUUGACCGGAAACCCAAUCGUUGAAGUCUAUAACGGUAUCAAGCUCUCCGCUGGAGGAGAGUUGGGUAUUGGCGUCGGAGAAGAAGAAUGGGGAAGCGGAGAAAGAGAAGUACUCGAAGGUUUUGUUACCAGGACAGAGGGCUUAGUGGACCUGGUUGUCUCCAGAUUUGGCGACUCAUCAACACAAUUCGAUGGGUCUCCGGCCUCGAACCGAUCAAACGAUCAAGGGCUAUGGCUUGGGUCAGACAAUGACCCCAGACCAUCCGAUGGCGUUGUGUUCGCUGGUGUCGGUGGUCUUUCCAGACUCUCGCUGGCACAGGUGUCACAAUGGAUGGAGUGGAUCUAUCGAUUUGGGGAUUCUACGUAUGGAGUUGGGCGGGACCCAACUUCGCUGCGUCGCCGCAAGUCAAAAAAGCAGCGUGGAAGGCCGCCUCCAGAAAACCAGCCCUCUACACCGGACCGCAGCUUUACGCCUGGAAUACCUCGUCCGCUUAUAAUGGCAACACCACAGCCACUUCAGGAGAUACCCGAAGAUAACGAGGCGGAAGCUGGAAACGACAAGAAUGAGAGUCCAGGAUUUCCCACGGAAACUGUCAUGAAAUACCUCACUCUAGGAUAUGGUUCCGCCUGGAGUUUCUCGCCAAAGUCGGCAGCAUCUACGCCUACUCGCAGCUCUACUCCAGGGCAGGAUGGAGCCACAUCUAGCUCUCCAGCUCCAAAGGAUGGUUCCAAUGCCAACCCAUCUCAGGUAGAUGCGAAGACUCGAAACAAUACCUCCGGCCGUUUCGUUCUAGGACCUCGCGAUGAUCUAGAAAAACUCGAUGACUUGGAAGAAGGAAGUCCUGUUCCAGGGACCGAAAAUGGCAAGCCCAAAACUCGAAUAGUACAGAGAACUCUACACUUGCACAUGGCGGAUGGAUCAAAUACCCAGAAGAAGCUCCAGGUCGUGAUCUACGUGAACCAACCAUUCAUGUUCACAUUCCUCUUUGACCCCGAAACCCAAUCUCUCGCAUCUCCAUCUCUCUACUCAAGCAUGCACCACCAACUAGGCCCCCUCCAAAAGCCACUCCUAUCAUCAACAUCCCCAAAAAUGGCAGCUACCCGCAUCUCCAUGUCGGAGGCCUCUCCAGACCCAAGCAAACGCUUCUCUACCCGAUCUCAACCAGUCUACGAUUUAGUCUACGACCCAUCAAACCUAACAAUUCGCUCCUCAAUCCCAAACAUCCCAUCCCUAAACCUCCCCAACUCCCCCCAACCCCAAUCCCCAGCACGCUCCCCCUCCCCAUCCACAUCCCCCUCUCCAUCCCCGCAACCCUGGUCGCGCCUUGAAAGCCUAGCAAUCCACCACCGCCUCCUAUCAACAUACACAGACACACGCUCCAGACCCCAAGAACUGGAACGAACAAGCAAAACAAAUCGCGGUUGGUGGGUUGUCUGGGUACGUAUCCCACAAUCACAAUCACAAAUCCAACAACAGCCUCUAUCAACAACAUCUUCUUCCGUCGCCCUCUCAUCCCUAAUAAACGACGAAGAUUCCUUCACUCCUAAUCCCUCUCCGCCACAAGAAGCAUUCCUCGUCCGCAAAGCGAGCGACUAUGUCUCACCUGCUACACACGGGCGUGUUAGUAGUGGUGCUCGCUUUUUCAGGGAUUUGGGAGGUGCUUCCGGUUCUUCGGGGUUGACGGGCUCUUCUCGGGCGGCGGAUAUGGCACCGUCGAAGUUGGUUGAGGGGUUGGGUAUAGAUGCUAGGCGGUAUAUUGAGGGGUUAUUAAGUUUGAAUAGAUGA